AUGUCCCUCAGAAAUAUCGCCGCUUGGCUCUCUUCUUGUUUCAAAAACAUCGAACAAAUCAUCACGCUUCUUCCCAAAUACUGCUUCAGCUGUCUCCUCAUGGAUACCAAAUGGAACCAAUUCACCAAAUACCUCGACUUCAUCAACUACAUGCUCACCUUUACCGCCCAGCCAGGCGAAGAGCAACUCCACACUCUGUCCACUCCAGAAUUCGUAGCUUUUUUAUCUCCCUCGAUCCCCAUCUACGACCCUCUCGAUCUCAGCGGCAUUGGCACUCUCUACAACGUUCACGGCGAUGUGUAUCGCGGCGAACUGCAGAUGGGUCUUCCGCAUGGCAGCGGAACGCUUCUCUAUCACAAUGGCUGCUACUGGAAGGGCCGCUGGGAAAACGGAAAGCGCUCAGGGUCCGGGGAGUAUCAUUAUGGGAAGGAUGUGUGGCAGGGAGGCGUGUGGCGGAACAAUAAGCGAGUGCAGUGGACGAAUCUGCACUUGAAGAGUUCGAUUUACUCGAAUUCGAGAGGUUUGUUCGACUCGGAGAAAGGCUGGUUUCCCUUCGUGUUCGACCGAGAAAAGAAUUUGCGUUUGUUUCGAUUCGUUUGUUGA